ACCAACAACGACAACUGCGGCACCAACAACGACAUCUGCUUCCCCCACAACCACAACUGCGGCACUAACAACGACAACUGCUGCACCAACAACCACGACUGUAGCACCAACAACAACAACUGCUUCACCAACAACAACAACUGCGGCACCAACGAUGACAACUGCUGCACCCACAACUACUACUGCAGCACCAACGACGACAACUGCUGCACCAACGACAACAACUGCUGCACCAACAACGACAACUGCCAGACCAACAAUGACUACAGCCGCACCUGCGGACCCUCAAGACCCUCCUACAGCAAACGAAGGUUCUCAAGAUGUGUCAUUCAGUUUGCUACGCCCGUUUGAAAGCGCUUUGUCCGAUUCUUCUUCCUCAGAGUUUAAGACGUUGGCUGAUGAAGUCACAAGAGAGGUAAACAGAGGCUACAAAUUGAGAUUUCCUGAAACUUUUUCCCGCUCUGUAGUAAGAUCUUUCAUGAGUGGCUCAAUCAUUGUGGAUUUGACUCUGGUCUACGUCAACCAAACAGUUGUUCCGAGUGGAACUGUUGCAGUGGAGACACUGGAUGCCGCAAUAGCAAACGGCACCACCAGCCUCAAUUUGGACAGAUCUACUAUUACCUCGAGUCAAACAACAACUGCCGCACCAACAACGACAACUGCGGCACCAACAACUACUGUUGCACCAACGACGACAACUGCUGCACCAACAACGACAACAGCUGCACCAACAACAACAUCUUCUGCACCAACAACGACAACUGCUGCACCGACAACGACAACUGCUUCACAAACAACCACAACUGCGGCAACAACAACCACAACUGUAGCACCAACAACAACUGCUUCACCAACAACAACAACUGCGGAACCAACAACGACAACUGCUGCACCAACAACGACAACUGUCGCACCAACAACAACAACUGCUGCACCAACAACAACGACUGCGUCACCAACCACCACAACUGCUGCACCAACAACCACAACUGUAGCACCAACAACAACAACUGCUGCACCAACAACAACAACUGCGGCACCAACAACGACAACUGCUGCACCCACAACUAGUACUGCAGCACCAACGACAACAACUGCUGCACCAACGACUACAACUGUAGCACCAACAACGACAACUGUAGCACCAACAACGACAACUGCUGCCCCAACAACCACAACUGCGGUACCAACAACGACAACUCCUGCCCCAACAACAACAACUGCGGCACCAACAACGACAACUGCUGCCCCGACAACUACAGCUGCUGCUCCAACAACCACAACUGCUGCACCAACAACCACAACUGCUGCACCAACAACGACAACUGCUGCACCCACAACUACUACUGCAGCACCAACGACGACGACUGCUGCACCAACAACAACUACUACAGCACCAACGACGACGACUGUUGCACCAACGACAACAACUGCAGCACCAACGACGACAACUGCUUCACCAACAACUACAACUGCAGCACCAACGACGACAACUGCUUCACCAACAACUACAACUGCUGCACCAACGACAACAACUGCUGCCCCAACAACGACAACUGUAGCACCAACAACAACAACUGCUUCACCAACAACAAAUGCGGAGUGGCUCAAUCAUUGUGGAUUUGACUCUGGUCUACGUCAACCAAACAGUUGUUCCGAGUGGAACCGUUGCAGUGGAGACACUGGAUGCCGCAAUAGUAAACGGCACCACCAGCCUCAAUUUGGACAGAUCUACUAUUACCUCGAGUCAAACAACAACUGCUGCACCAACAACAACAACUGCGGCACCAACAACAACUGCUACAACAACAACGACAACUGCUGCACAAACAACUACAACUGCUGCACCAACGACGACAACUGCUGCCCCAACAACGACAACUUUAUCACCAACAACAACAACUGCUUCACCAACAACAACUGCGGCACCAACAACGACAACUGCUGCACCCACAACUACUACUGCAGCACCAACGACGUCGACUUCUGCACCAACGACAACAACUUCAGCACCAACGACGACAACUGCUUCACCAACAACGACAACAGCUGCACCAACAACAACUACUGCAGCACCAACGACGACGAAUGCUGCACCAACGACAACAACUGCAGCACCAACGACGACAACUGCUUCACCAACAACGACAACAGCUGCACCAACAACAACAACUGCGGCACCAACAACGACAACAGCUGCACCAACGACAACAACUGCUGCACCAACGACGACAACUGCUGCACCAACAACGACAACAGCUGCACCAACAACAACAUCUUCUGCACCAACAACGACAACUGCUGCACCGACAACGACAACUGCUUCACCAACAACCACAACUGUAGCACCAACAACAACUGCUUCACCAACAACAACAACUGCGGAACCAACGACAACAACUUCUGCACCAACGACGACAACUGCUGCACCAACAACGACAACAGCUGCACCAACAACAACAUCUUCUGCACCAACAACGACAACUGCUGCACCGACAACGACAACUGCUUCACCAACAACCACAACUGUAGCACCAACAACAACUGCUUCACCAACAACAAUAACUGCGGAACCAACAACGACAACUGCUGCACCAACAACGACAACUGUCGCAACAACAACAACUGCUGCACCAACGACAACUGCUGCACUAACAACCACAAGUGCUGUACCAACAACCACAACUGCUGCACCAACAACCAUAACUGCUGCACCAACGACAACAACUUCUGCACCAACAACCACAACUGCUGUACCAACAAUGACAACUGCUGCACCAGACUCUACAGAGUCUCCUGCAGCAGAUGAAGGCACUUUGGAUUUGAGUUUUAGUUUGACACGCACAUUUCAAAGCUCUUUGUCAGAUCCUACUUCCCCAGCCUAUCUGGUGCUGGCUAAUGAAGUCACAAGAGAGGUUAACAAAGGCUACAGAUUUAUGUUUCCAAAAACGUAUUCCCGAUCUCUCGUUAGGUCUUUCCG